UAUAAAAUAUUUUAAAUUUUAAAACUACAGAAUAACUUUAUUUCUUGGUCUGUUGCAGUGGCACGAUCUUUAAUCGUGUUCUGUGAUGAAAAUCACGAUUUAAGGUAUAUUUUAAAUCGCGGUGAAAAUGUAGAAUAUAUUAACACAAUAUUAAUAAAUUUUUAAUCUGUGAUAGUAUUUUGGCGACGGGCUAAAAAGAGUUUAAUUGAUUAAUGAUAACAAGAUAAUGAUAGUAAACGAAAUAAACAAUAGAACAUAAUAUUUUAUCAUCUACAACGGUCAACGACCAUAAAUUAUUAUAAUUGAUCUCAAUCCUGAAAUAUUUAACACUACUCAAAAGUCCUCGUACAUUGAAUUUUGUGUUCAUCGGUAUUGUACCGAUAUUUAAACGACUAUCAUGAAGCCUGUAAUUGCUGCCGAUGAAAUGUUCCCAGAAGGGACCAGUGCCGUAAUGGACUUGGAUGAUGAGACGGGAAGCAAUGUUAUAUUUGAAAUGAGUGACAAAAGUCUACAAGCUGAUUUUUAUAAUGAUUUUAAUGAUCUUAAUGAUGAUGAAGAAUUUUAACAUACCAAUGUUACCUCAUGAAAAAAUUACACACAAAUUACUUGACUCAUAAUAACAAAAAAAUGUCAAUGUGCUUUUUUUUUAAACUUUUGUAUUAUGUCAAGUAUUUGUUAUAAAUUUUAGUAUUAAAAAUAAUAAGAUAUUGAAAGCUUUAUUUCAUUUUUUCAUCACAAAUUGCUUUUUAUUAUUAAUUAUAAUAUAAGUGUUCUAAAGUACAA